UUUCACUUAAAUAACCCGCCCUGGUAACCACGGCAACCUUCCACCCAUACCGUGCGUAUUUUUGCUGAGCGACCAGGACCAAUUUAUUUCCAACCUGUAUCCUCCCUGCUUCUGGCUUCGGGAACAGGGGGAUCAUCCUGAUAAAAAUAGCCAGGUAAACUCAACCUAUACAGGGAGAUCACGUGGUAAACCCAGUCCAAGCAUCUCGAUAGUUAAACUAGAUUAGAUAUUCAUUUGUGGAUUUCACGCCGAAGGAGAGGAGGGAUAAGGUGCUGACUGCUGGAGUGAAUGCAGUUUGCAGUCAGUCUCUGGGAGCUCCUCCUUUACCGCUGAAGAGGACAGUAACAUCACAUCCAUUCAAUGAGACCAGGAGGGCACGAGACAGGAUUGCAUUCUCCAUUUCAACCGACUGCUGUUGCAGCCGUUGCUCUCCUAUAAGCUUAUUAUGAGAAAACUUUUCACUCCAGAACCUGAAAAGAGCACAUUUGAGAUCAUCACUCCUAAAAUAAAAGUCAUGAUUGUGUAAAAAAAAAAAAAAAAAAACAUUAUUUCUCCAUCCAACAGUUAAGUUACUAACACUACCUACAACAAUGGGCUUAAAUCUAAAGUCUGACAUCUUGGUGAAGGACUCCUUCCUGGAAAUGCAGUCCUUAAGUUGCCGGAGACAUCAGCACCUCAGAAAAAAGCUAAGGCCUGUGCGUAUUCUGGGGAUGGUCUUGAGUCUAUUAGCAAUAAGCGCUUUUUCAUUUUCCUUCAGUGCCUUCACUUGGACCACACAUUAUAGCGCAAAGCUGUUCAGCAAUCCGGACAGCCUGCAGUCCAUGCCUAUACCACACAGAACUUUGCUGGGCGCAGACGAGAAGCAGGACCAAAAUGAUUUAACAGGUUCACCAGUUGCCAUGAAAAUGAAAGCCGACGAUAACAAAACCGAACCUGCCCAUCAAGGAGACUAUCCGGAAGACCUCUUCAGCCUAGAGGAAAGAAAAAAGGGUGCUGUUGUUCUUCAUAUGUUUGGGAUGUUAUACAUGUUCAUAUCUUUGGCCAUUGUAUGCGAUGAGUUUUUUGUACCAUCAUUGACUGUCAUCACUGAGAAACUUGCCAUCUCCGAUGAUGUGGCAGGAGCGACAUUCAUGGCUGCUGGAGGCUCAGCCCCAGAACUCUUUACUUCUAUUAUAGGGGUUUUCAUCUCUCAUAGCAACGUUGGCAUUGGGACAAUAGUAGGUUCUGCAGUAUUCAACAUCCUUUUUGUCAUUGGGAUGUGUGCUUUGUUCUCCAGGGAGAUUUUAAAUCUCACCUGGUGGCCACUCUUCAGAGAUGUGUCCUUUUACACCAUUGACUUGAUUAUGUUGAUUAUCUUUUUCUUGGAUAACGUCAUCAACUGGUGGGAAAGUGUGUUACUGUUGUCGGGUUAUGCAACCUAUGUGUUCUUCAUGAAGUGCAAUGUGCAAAUUGAGGGAUUCGUGAAAUCAAAAUUGAACAGGAAUAAAGUUGUAGAAGUUUCAUCAGCAGAGGCCCAACCAAAGGCUGAUCCAGUUGAAGAUGAGAACAAACUGACGCUCAAACCACGUCUCCAGAGAGGUGGAAGUUCUGCUUCGCUGCACAACAGCCUGAUGAGGAACAGUAUUUUCCAGCUGAUGAUUCACACUUUAGACCCUCUCGCUGAAGAGUUUGCUGAUUCUGAACAUGGGACAUAUGGGAAACUAAAAUAUUAUGACUCAAUGACAGAAGAAGGGCGAUUCCGAGAGAAGGUGUCUAUUCUUCACAAGAUUGCCAAAAAGAAAUGCCAAGCGGAAGAUAGCGAAAGACCAAAUGGUGUAGGAAAUCGUGGCGAUAAAAUAGAGCUUCCAAACAGCUCCAGUGUGCAAGUGGAAGUGACCCCGCCGAAGGAUGGGGGAGAAGUUCAGAAUGGAAGCGUGUCACAUGGUAUUGAGGCCAACGGGCAGGGAGGAAAUGAUGGAGAUAAUGACGAUGAUCAGCCCCUGAGCCUGGCCUGGCCGGACACAAACCGCAAACGCUUCACCUAUUUCAUCAUCCUACCCAUUAUCUUCCCUCUGUGGCUCACACUUCCUGAUGUCAGAAAACCAAGUGCUAAGAAGUUUUUUCCCAUCACAUUUUUAGGCGCCAUCUGCUGGAUUGCAUUCUUCUCCUACCUAAUGGUCUGGUGGGCACACCAGGUUGGAGAGACCAUAGGGAUCACAGAAGAGAUUAUGGGAUUGACAAUUUUAGCAGCUGGGACAUCCAUUCCUGACCUAAUCACAAGUGUUAUUGUGGCACGCAAGGGCCUGGGGGACAUGGCUGUGUCCAGCUCAGUGGGGAGCAAUAUUUUUGACAUUACUGUAGGGCUGCCUUUUCCUUGGCUCCUGUACUCGUUUAUCCAUGACAUGGCACCUGUGCAGGUCAGCAGCAACGGCCUGUUCUGUGCCAUCGUGCUGCUGUUCAUCAUGUUGCUGUUUGUCAUCCUGUCCAUCGCCCUCUGCAAGUGGAGAAUGAGCAAGCUCCUGGGGUUCAUCAUGUUCCUGCUAUACCUUGUAUUCCUGGUCGUCAGUGUCAUGCUGGAGGACAAAGUCAUCACGUGCCCUGUGUCCAUUUGAGACGCACGCUACUGCUGCAUCUAUUUAUUUCAGUGGGAGUGGGCGGUGGGGGGUUACUUGGGUUAAGUGACAUAAUAACAGGCCUAGCAUGACUUUGGAUGUGGAAAAUCUGAGAAGAAAUGCCCUCAUCAUCAAAUCCUCUAGAUGCCUGGCCUAGGUUUGCAUGCAAUAUUUAUUCAGAACUAAACAGAAGUAAGCAAAAGGAAUGCAAUUACUGCAUUACUGCUGGCACCAAAUUAAUAGGGGACGGCGAGGGGAAAACACAUUUUCCGUGGUGAAAGAAACAAGACACUGUUCUCCAAGUUUUGAGUGAUGUGCUUGAACUGAAUUAUCUUCUAUAAACUGAAUGGUAUACCAUAGUGUAUAUAGACUUUAAAAAUGAGUUUCAGCUGGGGGUUCCCAAACCAUGUAGGAAAAGAUAGGGGCUUGACUAUUCAUCUAGCCAGUACAGUAAAUGCAGAUGGAACAUUUCCUCAGAAGCUGAUAAUACAAAGCUAACAAAUGUACUAUUUAAUUGUCCUCAAUCCUACUUCAUCCAAUGUACCCUGUGUAGAAGUCGUGUCAGAAAAAUAUACAUUAAGCAGAGUAUUCAAGUUACUGCAAUGCUGAGAAGAUUCUGCAUUAUACUUGGAUCCCAGAAAGCAAAGGUAAUAAGAUUUUUUUAGUAAGAUUGCAACUGCCAGCACAUAUAUUUUAGCUGGCAUUAAAACAAUGUAUCAAAAAUAAAAACUAAAUGUUAAAAAAGUUGCUUCUAUGCUCCUGUGGUAGAUAUAAUUACUUCAGUGGUUAAGUAAAUAAGAAUGUGCAUGUCAAAGCUUCUUGGGGAGGGAGGGAUUUUUUUUUCAUCUGUGGAUUAAUCUUGUGUACUGUGCAGUAUGUUGUCAAAGCUGAUUAUAUUACCUUUCAAGUCAGCGCUUACAUAAAUGACUGACUUAGUUCCUUAGGAACAUUAUUUUAAUGUUCUUCGCAGUGGCUGAGUUAUGAUUCACCUUGAGUUUCGUAAAUGUAGCAGUUCCAUCUGUACUGCUUGCAGAAACACUUGUAUGAUAGAGUAGUAAUGUUUUCCAUAAUAAUCAGGAAAAAUACCACUGUUUGUAAAAAUUAGUAUGAAAAUAUCUAAGUAGAAAGAAACUUAACCAUGCAAUGAAAUAUCUAACCUUCCUUAUAUAUUCACUGUCAAGAGCAAGUAUAUCUAGAAUGUAUCUAAUAGCAUAGUAUAUGAAAAGCUAUGUAUACAAAAUGUAUAUUUAAAUAUGUGUGUCGAUUUUACACAUCCAAAGCUUAGAGUAAUGUAUUGUUAAGACAAAAAAAGAAGGUCAAGAUGGUAAUUUAAGUUUUCUACAUCGUAUCAUAUUUAUUUCUGCGACAUUUUUUACAUUUUUGUAGUUGUGUGCAAAUAUCAUUUCUACAGCUUGGUUAUUCUCAUCACUUGACCAGGAAAGAACAGAAAAAUUAAACCUGAGGUGCUUUUUUAUUACUGUGUCAUUGAGCAGCUUUUAACCACAUAGGAAAACAACAGUUACAUCCUUUGCGCUUCAUAAUUGAAGUUUAGCACCAGUGUUUACUCAAACCUACUCAUAAAUACAGACAUACUGUAGCACUCUACCACCUUUCAACUUAUCCAAUGGCAACACGUUUAUUUUUAGUACUGCUGAACACGUUUUGAUUCAACGUUUAAAGUUAUGGUUGCAGAAUGUUUUCCUUCCAAAAUAACUAGAGGGAAGUAAUUAUUUUCAUGCAUGCACACAAUCAAUCAUAACUUCAAAACACUUCCUUAUAAAAUCUUGAGUAAUAAUAAUUUUGAAUCUAUGUUGGCUUAACAAACCUGUUCAAGGAACCCGUUAUGCUGCAUCUAUAAAUGUGCUAUUAAAGGUUGUGACAUUCAUUAAGGAAGAUCAAGUGACAAUUAGAGUCUCUCUGCCAUCCACUUUCAUUUGGAUUCCCAAUCCUGAUAUUAUGUGAUUACACAACGUCUGGAUAACUAACAUCACAAAGGAUCUAUACCAACAGCUGUCUGUCGCAGUCAGGUGUGCUGCUUGGACUCAAAACAUCACAUAUUAACUGAACUUAAACCACUUGUCAUGUAACAGCUAUAACUGCAGGGUACACCUAGUGUACUUUGAGUGCUUACUUGACUUUGUAUUGGAUUGUAUCCACUUGCAAGCCUGUUAUCAGCUCAUACACUGGCUGUGCCCUGUAGUAAAGAUGUGAUAUCUGUGUAAAGCUGCUUGUCAUGUUAUGUUACUUUCUUAAGAAAGUUACAUAUUAUUCUAAGACUGAAUUGCUAGGGCAUGUUAUCAUUAAUAUGCAUCUAAUAUUGUUUAUAAUGUCCUUUAUAGCACAUUUAUAGAAGCAUUACUGAGUACUUAUAACAGAUCCACAACUAAAGCGUUACCAACAAAUUGCAAUACAAUCUUCAUCCGUUAACUCAAACUUCCUUUUUGGCAUUAGUCUAGAUUUGUUGUAUUUGCAAGAUAAAUCAACAAUCAGAAAGCCACUUCAGGCCAAUUAGGUUGAAUAAGAGAGCCCCCUCUUUGUCAUUUUCUUUGUAAAAAGUCCAAGCAGCUUCAUAUACAGGAUAUUUAAUUCUAAAAUAUUGAUUAGAAUGUAAAAUA